AUGGCCACCACAGCUGUUCAGACACCAGUGAAGUCUCACUCCAACAUUUUCUCCACCAGGGCCGCAGGUGGUCGUAUGCCGCUUACUCCCUCCCCUCGGGGGAGGAAUAGCCCAAAUAACGCCUCACCCUUCACUCCUCCUGCUCAUGCACCUUCUCGGACCAGCAGCUCGUUGACCGCUGCGUUUGCUUCGUUGAAUGUUUCGGGUUCGUCAAAGUCUCGUUCGUCGAGGGUCGCUCCUUCACCGAAGUCGAAUAUCGCUAGAUCGGCUGCUUCACCGCUUCGCCUUGAUCUUGGUGUUAGUGAUUGGGCGUUGACCGGAACUGGUACCACUGCGGGUCAGACCCCCAUCAAGAGGAAGACUAGAUCUGGGACUGGAAAGACCACUAUCCGGAUUAACGGCGAUCGUUUCAUUCCAACCCGCGGAGCAUCUUCUCCGACUACUUCCUCGAAGAUUGAGCACUCUUCCCGUCCAGGCACUAGUCACGGCCGAUCCAACUCGGUUUUGAGCGGCGGUGUGUUUGGCAGCGAUGAUACCGAUUCGACCAAUUCUGCCUCUGAUGACACCAGCGAGCUUUACCAGCGUCCCAAUACCGAUUCUCGCGAGUAUGAGUCUUCGAUUGCCGCUGCUUGUGGUGUUAACCUUACUACUCGCAUAUUGGCAUUCAAGCCUUCAGCACCAGAGUCGUCCAAGCCAAUUGACCUAAGAUCGCAAUACAACCGCCCGCUCAAGCCAGUCGCCUCGGCCACUCAAUUCCGCCGCCGUAUCCUGACUGCGCCAGAGCGUGUUCUUGACGCUCCUGGCCUUGUUGACGACUAUUACCUCAACCUCCUUGAUUGGUCUUCGAGCAACCAGGUUGCCAUCGGCCUCGAGCGUCAUGUAUACGUCUGGAAUGCUGACACUGGAAAUGUCAAUGCCCUGUGCGAAACCUCGCCCGACACCUACGUUACAUCCGUCAAGUGGUCCGGCGACGGAGCCUACAUCGCUCUCGGGCUCGGCUCCGGCGACGUUCAGAUCUGGGACGUGGAAGACCAGGCUAAGCUCCGCACCAUGGGCGGCCACCACACCCGCGUGGGGGUCAUGAGCUGGAACAAGGCUAUCCUUUCCACCGGCUCCCGCUCCGGCAACAUCUUUAACCAUGAUGUCCGCAUCGCGGAGCACAAGACUGCCGAGCUCCUCUCGCACACCUCUGAGGUCUGCGGUUUGGAGUGGAGGUCCGAUGGCGCACAACUCGCCAGCGGUGGUAACGACAACCUUGUCAAUAUCUGGGAUGCCAGGUCCAUUCAGACACCCAAGUGGACCAAGACCAACCACAAGGCUGCCGUUAAAGCCCUGGCUUGGUGCCCCUGGCAACUCAACCUUCUUGCUACCGGAGGCGGUAACUACGACCGUUGCAUCCACUUCUGGAAUUCGACUACUGGCGCUAGAGUCAACUCGAUCGAUACCGGUAGCCAGGUUACCAGUUUGAAGUGGAGUACCAAUUACCGCGAACUAGUCUCCUGCCACGGAAUGCCCGACAACCAACUCAACAUCUGGAGCUACCCAAACCUUGUCCGUAAUGUAGAGAUUCCGGCCCACGAGACAAGAAUCCUACACUCUGCCCUCAGCCCUGACGGCCAGACCUUGGCGACCUGCGCUAGUGACGAGAAUCUCAAGUUCUGGAAGUUGUUUGAGAAGCGCCCUGGCUCUUCGGGCAGCGCUCGUGAGGGGUCGAGUAUUACUGGGAAGGGGAACAAGAUGGCGAAGCAGAUGACUAUCCGGUAGACUGGGAUUAAGGGCGAGGGGGAGUGGGGAGGGAGAGGAGAGAAGAGAGGGAUGGAAAGGUGACCUAAGCUGUAGGUGAACGGAUGAAUUUGGGGGAGGGAGCCCGUUUAAACGACUAGCAACAAAUCAUCGAGUUUCGAUCAUUACCGACAAUUUCAGAGUUUACGGAUCAGUUUUAAUUCACACACAAGAAACAGCCGUCUUUUCACCUCGUCACUCUCUUUCACCCUCGUUCUUCUCGCUUUUUUUUUCCUUUUUUUCCCUUUCCUGCCCUCUUGCAUGCGUGUCGCGGGUCUUAUACAAUAACAGCAGCCAAGUACCUAUCAACCACAAAAAAUUGUUUCAAGCGAAAUUAUCUCCAGUCAAACCUUUACUCCUCCACUUGUUUUCCAUUUACUCAUUCGUUCACGACGGGAUGAGAGCAAUCAGCCUGGGUCUAGGUGGAACAUGUAUAUUUUGCCGAUUCCUCAUUUCUUUUUUUAUAAGGUAGACCAUCGGAUGUGGUCUACCUUAUUAGCAUACCCGGAGUUUUAUGUGUUUGUUUCUUUUGCCUUGUAGGGUAAUAACCAACAGCUGUGAAGUGAACCUGGACUAUCUAACCCAUCGAUUUUGCCAGCUAUCGUAUAAAAAGAUGAAAAUGAAUUGCGGAGGAGGAAUGAAGAGGGGGAGAUUCUUGGGUUUUCUUUGCUUUUUUCUUUGCUUUGGGCUUGCGAGCAUCAGGAAUAUUUUGAGCAAUGGUGGUGGGUGUAUCGUUUUGACUGGUCCUUCUUUGUGUCGUUCUGGUUGGCUUGGUGUGUGAGUGUUUUUUUUGUUUAUAUUAUGGCGGUAUCGUUGGUUUUUUUUUUUUUUUUUGUUUUU